UCCACAGCAGUGAGACCACUCUCUCUCUCUCUCUACCUCUUUUGCCUUUACCUUUUCUUUUCCCUUGCACAGAGCUCCAUUGUGUUUACUACCAAACCUUCCAAAUUCCUUAUACCCUCUUUGUCUCUUUUACCUUCUCUCUCUGAAAAAGGUUUCAUACUGAUUAACACGUAGAAAAAGUGGCAGAACAUUGUCUGUGGGGUCUCCUACUUAAGUAGGUUUCCUACAAGUUCAGAGCUUCAAUCCUCAGGUGGGAGUAUUCUGUUCUUUGAUGUUCAACUCUGAUCAGCAACAACAAUGGCGAGGAACUGGGUUGCACUGGUUCUGAUUUGUGUGGUUCUCUCCGGGGACUUUUCAUCCGCAUCAGCCAGUCCUCCUGCAAAAAUUGUAACUGGGGUUGUCUCCAAUGUGGUCUCUGCUCUUGUCAAAUGGCUUUGGUCACUCAAAUCCACCACCAAAACCGGCACAGCUGUUUCUGGCCGUUCAAUGGUGAAAUUUGAGGGUGACUAUACGGUGGAUACGGUGUUUGAUGGAAGUAAGCUUGGAAUUGAACCACACACAGUUGAGGUAUCCCCAAGUGGAGACCUUCUGGUGUUGGAUUCUGAAAAUAGCAACAUCUACAAGAUCUCAACGCCAUUGUCUCGGUAUAGCCGACCCAAGCUGAUUGCUGGAUCACCUGAAGGGUACUCUGGGCAUGUGGAUGGGAGGCCAAGAGAAGCAAGAAUGAACCAUCCCAAAGGGCUGACUGUGGAUGACAGAGGAAAUAUUUAUGUUGCAGACACAAUGAAUAUGGUUAUCAGGAAGAUAAGUGAUGCCGGGGUCACGACAAUUGCUGGUGGAAAAUGGGGCAGAGGAGGUGGUCAUGUUGAUGGUCCAAGUGAAGAUGCAAAGUUUUCUAGUGAUUUUGACGUGGUAUACAUUGGCAGUAGCUGCUCUCUUUUGGUUAUAGACAGAGGAAACCAGGCAAUUCGAGAGAUCCAACUACACUAUGAUGACUGUACUGACCGCUAUGAUGGAAGUUUCCAUUUAGGAAUAGCAAUGCUGAUUGCAGCUGCCUUCUUUGGUUACAUGCUGGCAUUGCUGCAGCGUAGGGUGCAAGCAAUGUUUUCUUCAGAUGAGGAUCGAAGAACUCCUAUGAAGAGAGAUGCACCAAUGGCACCAUAUCAGAGGCCUCCUAAAUCUAUCAGGCCCCCUUUAAUUCCACCUGAAGAUGAACCAGAAAAACUAGAUGAUGGUUUCUUUGGUUCACUAGGGAAGUUUGCCGUUAACACUGGCUCAUCUGUGGCUGAAAUCUUGGGGGGGUUGUUUAUGGGAUUUAGAAGAAAGCCCAUGCAUUAUCAGAUUCAGCAGCAGUAUCAUCAAGCCAACAAACAUUCAAAUGCAUGGCCUAUGCAAGAGAGCUUUGUGAUUCCAGAUGAAGAUGAGCCGCCGUCAAUAGAAACCAGAAGCCCAACCCCAAAGAAAACCUACCCCUUCAUGACCAAAGACCUGGAGAAGUCCCACCAUUUGAAGCAAAGUCAAGCGUACUAUAAUUCAUGGGAUGGUGAAUAUCACCAACAGCAACAACAUCAGAUGCAGAUGCAGAUGCAGCAGCAGCAGCAGCAGCAACAACAUCAGAUGCAGAUGCAGCAACAGGAACAACAUCGGAUGCAGAUGCAGCAGCAGCAGCAGCAACACCGACAGCAGCAGCAUCACAGGCAAUACUCAUCAAGCCCGAAAACAUUCUACGAGAAGAGCAGCGAGACAAAUGAGAUUGUGUUUGGGGCAGUUCAAGAACAGGAUGGACGACGUGAAGCCGUGGUGAUAAAGGCUGUAGACUAUGGAGAUUCGAGAUACAAUCACCACAACAUUCGACCGCGCUUCAACUAUAUGGGUUAUAAUUCCUCUGGUUAUUGACUGUCCAUCAAGGAACACAAAAAUAUCCUUUAUGUUGUAUGGGAGGUGUGAGGAUGAGUUGUAGGGCUUUGCUGUUUCUUAUAGUUCCUUUCCUUAUUUUCUCAAGGAAAUGUUUAAGUUUUAUAUUGCCAAGCUAGCUAAGUUAGAUGUGUGUUUUCCUUUAUUUAGAAAUCCAAAGAAUCAAGCUAGUCCUGAUUUUAGAGCUCAUUGAAAUUAA